CAUAGUAUGUGAUACAAUCAUAUCUAUGAUUGCCUCUAGGGCAUAUCACUAACAAUAUAUAUACUACACAUAACACACGGAUAUAAUCAUAUAAAGCUCUGCAAGCAGCUAGGGCGGUUAGGCAAAAAUGGCGAUCAGUAGUGUUGCCCGUGCUGCAAUAGUAAUCUUGUGUCUCGUCGCCCUCACAAACCUUGCGCAAGCCCAGAACUCGCCGCACGACUUCCUGCAACCCCACAACGCCGCGCGCGCGGAGGUCGGUGUCGGCAAGCUCUCCUGGGACGGCACCCUCGCCGCGUACGCGCGGAGGUACGGCGAGAAGAGGUCCCACGACUGCACGCUCAAGCACUCCCGUGGGCCGUAUGGGGAGAACAUCUACCGGGGCAGCGCCGGGCGGCGGCGGACGGCCGCGGACGCGGUGGCGCGGUGGGUCCGCGAGAGCGCCUACUACGACUGCGGGAGCAACACCUGCGUGCCGGGGCGGCGUUGCGGGCACUACACGCAGGUCACGUGGGCACGGACCACGAGGCUCGGGUGCGCCGCCGUGACGUGCGAUAGCGGCGCCACGUUCGUGGUGUGUAGCUACGAUCCACCGGGCAACACCAACGGGAGAGGUCCGUACCCUGGAUGUGGGGAUUAUGAUGUCGUGUCCGAAUAG